GAUCCUGAUAAUCGAGAACAAAUUGGUUUGGAUGGGACUAUAAAUUAUAUCCAGGGCUUGGGCCUUGAACCCGAAGACAGAAGGGCCUUGAUCUUAGCCUUUAUUCUUGAUUCUCCUUCAAUGGGCAUAUUCAGACAUGAAUCCUUUGUGUCAUAUUGGACUUCACAGAACGCAUACACCCUUCCUGAUAUGAGAGGAUUGCUCGAUCGUUUUGAAGAUGAGUUGAAAUCAGAGACAGGAUAUAUCAAGUUAAAACAACUAUACAGGUAUUCCUUUGGUUUCAUCAUAGAAAAGAAUCAAACAACAAUCGACUCAGAUAUAGCCAUUGAUUAUUGGGAAUUGUUAUUGGAAGACAGAUUUCCAGAGAAAAUUCCAAUUUGGUGCGAAUUCGUCAAACUGGCGAAAAAGGGUGGAAUUUCAAAGGAUGUUUGGAACAUGUUUUUGGAUUUUUUAAUUCAGUAUAAAGAUGAUAAUACUUAUGAUAACUGGGACCCAAUGGCAGCGUGGCCAAAUAUAAUCGAUGAAUUCGUAAGCUACUGCAGAAAAGAUACAAUU